GUCAAGAGGGUUCUCUGCUCCUUCAGACUGGAGCAGGAGCUCCAGGACUGGGAGGAUGAACGGCGAGCUUUGGCUCAAAGGAGAGCCAUGAUCCGGCCUCCGCUGCCUCGGGCCCCCCGACUCCCUCCCAGGCAGCAGCGGCUCCAAGAGGUCAGAGCCUCUCCACCCCAGAACCGCUGCAGAGACACCAGCAUCCACAACACCUUCAUGUGCGGAGACAUAAAGGGAGUUUACGCUGUGCUGAAAGACCCUGCAAUGGUCAACGCCCUGAUGGAGACGGUGCAUGAGGAGAUGGUGUGGGCUCCAGAAAUGGGCAUGUGGACGCUGAGCUCCAAGGUGAAACAAACAUCGGCCUUACGCCUGGCUGCCAGCCGGGGUCACACGGCGUGUGUGGAGGAGCUGCUGUUUCGUGGUGCUGAGGUGAACGCCAACCCUGGAGGCAACACGGCGCUCCACGACGCCUGCAUAGGUGGUCACCCUGUCUGCGUCCAGCUGCUGCUCUCCCAUGGAGCAGAUCCUGAAGUGCUCUUAUUGGCAGCAGAUGGCAGUGCUCCUCUUCACCUCUGUACCUCUGCCCAGUCAUUCCACUGUGCUAAGCGGCUUUUAGAAGGAGGCGCAGACAUCAACGUGCGAAGCCGGGACUCGAGGCUCACCCCUCUGCAUGUGGCAGCUCAGCGAGGCCUGGAGGAGCACGUCCAGCUCUUCCUCAGCCACGGCGCCGAUGUUUUAGCCACCAACCGAGAGGGAGAGACGCCCCUGAAUGCUGCUUGCUCUGGAGCCGAGAGGCCGUCCGAAGCUGGGAGAUACCUCCGUGUGAUCCAGAAGCUGCUGGAUGCAGGAGCUAAUCCCCAGACUGCAGGCAGGAAGCAACACACCCCGCUGCACAAUGCCUGCGCAAACUGCUGCUGCAGGAUUGUAGACGUCCUCCUGCAGCAUGGAGCGAAGGCUGAUGUUGAGAACUGUGCAGGAUACACACCAAUGGACUGUCUGCUGCAGGUUGUGGAAGAUUACCCGACUCAGCAGUCUGAAGCCAUAGCACGAUCCCUUCUGAACUAUGGAGCGAAACCUGUUUCACCGAAGAUGCUGAAACAGCUGGCCUGGUAUCCUGAUGUUCUGGGCGUGAUGCUGAACUCGUACACAUCCAUCCCGCCCUGUGAUUGGUCAGACUCUCUGCCUCCUGACACGCUUUCCCAGGAGCACCUGUUGUUUCUCCGCUCGCUGCGUCAGAGGAGCACUCAGCCUCGAUCCUUGCAGCAUCUCUGCCGUUGUGCUGUGCGUCAGCAUUUAGGAGCCCGCUGUCACUCAGCUGUGUGUGACCUGAACGUUCCUGACUCUGUAAGGGAAUAUCUGCUGCUGUGUGACAACAAGACACUCCAAUAAAUAUUGAUGUUUUUUUUUUUGGUUUAUUGUAUUGAAAACCCAAAAUUAAAUUGAAGGUUGUGGUUGUGAAAGGACAAAAUAUGAAAAGAUUCAAGUGGUGUGCAUUUGCAAAUACUGCAGGAUAACUUCUGCAUGGUUCUCACUGCAUUUUAUCAUCAGUUAUUCGUUUGGCAGCACUAUUUUUGUGUAACAGGCUUUUUUGUUUUCCAUUGUUUGCAUUGCAGAUUCUCAUUUUCUACAAGUUUUCUUUUAAAGAUUAUGUCAUAAUAAUAUUUACCAUUGAUCGUUCUUGUUACUGGUGCACGUUUUCCUUCCACUUAACUUUCUAUAAACAUGCUUGGAAACGGGCCUCUGAGGAGCCAGGUUCUUUUGUGAACUGAUUCAUGGAAAAGGAAUAAGCAUUAGUAGCAUAGAAAUAAAAAUUUUAGAAUUCUGAAAUUUGUUUUGAAAUAUUUGUUUUUCAUUAUUUUCUGGCAUGUUGAAUUUUCAUUGUCUGCAAACCAU